UCUGGCUUGACUGCAAGCUGGGCGGCAGUGUGGUUGCCAAAGUUCCUCUGAGCACAGGGCCGGCCUGCAAGUGCGGGCGACAGGAAGGCAAAAAUCACUCACUGCUUUCCAUCACCUUUAUUGGUCUGUUUAUGGAUUACCAAGGGAAUACUCUUAGAGACUUUCUUAAAAGCAAUGGUCAUGUGGUGCUUCAGAGAGUGAACAAUAACUAUAAUCUGAGAUCUUUCACAGAAAAGGAGAUAGAGCACAUUACCAAUGGAUAUAGCACUUUGCUGGGCAAAGGGGCAUUCAGUGAGGUUUACAGAGGAGUAUUAGAUGAUCAACUUCUGGUGGCAGUAAAGAAAUACAAAGAUGGGACCAGGAAAGAAGACUUGGCCAAAGAGGUGAUAGUGCACUCUCAAAUAAAUCACAAGAAUGUGGUAAGGCUUUUGGGUUGCUGCACUGAGGAAAAUGCUCUAGCAAUUGUUAUGGAACUUAUUUGUAAUGGAAAUCUUGGCGACCUCCUUCAUCACAGUACUGCUAAUGGCCAUGUUUCCUUCCCUUUGUACAGACAUUUGAGCAUUGCUAUUGAGUUAGCUGAAGUGUUAUCGUCCAUGCAUUCAAUGUAUAGUCCUAUUCUUCAUGGGGACAUUAAACCUGAUAAUAUACUACUUGAUGAAAAUCUCGCGCCGAAGAUAUCAGAUUUUGGAAUAGCAAGAUUGCUUUCUUCUGAUGGGACCCAGCAAACCCAAAAUAUCAUUGGUUCAAUAGGUUACCUGGAUCCUCUGUAGUGUCAGACUGGGAUUCUAACUCCGAAGAGUGACAUAUAUAGCUUUGGGGUUGUUUUGGUGGAAAUGAUUACCAGAAAGAAAGCGGCAGAUGGAAACACUUACCUCAUUCAAAAUUUCAUUGAGGCUCUUAAAAGAGGGAAAAAAGUGAGGCAAAUGUUUGAUAAGGAAAUUAUGGAUGGGAAAAAAAGCAUAAAGGUUCUUGAUGAUAUUGCAAAGCUAGCAGCCCAAUGCUUGAUAUUGGAAGACAAAUUGCGCCCGGAAAUGGUUGAAGUGGCAGAUAGACUAAGGAAGUGUAGGAAAGAUCUGCAGCUGCGCAGGAGGGAAGCAAUGGUUGAGUCUUCAGGUAACAACUGCUUGCCUGAGCAACAAACUGCUUCUAUUCCUGUUGACCCCACAACCAAAAAUCCACCUACUCCAUUAUUGAAUAUUUCCCUCGCUGAACUAAGGGAAAUAACCAGGAACUUCAGUGAUGAUACUCUAAUAGGAGUGGGCUCACAUGCUAAAGUUUUCCUUGGAGAGCUGAAAGAUGGGCGAAAAUCUGCGGUGAAGAAACUCGGCCAGAAUUCUGUGGUGAAGAACCUUGACGGCUUUUUUUCUGAGCCUGAUGACGAGUUCGUACAUCAGGUUCAGGAAGUUUCAAGACUGAAGCAUGAUAAUGUUGUCCAACUUCUCGGCUACUGUGUUGAUGAGAACAUCCGUGCUGUCAUUUAUGAGUAUUCAUCAAGGGGCUCCUUGCUUGAUAUUCUUCUAGGGAAAAAUGGUGUCACAGGAACCCGACCUGGGGGAGUUCUGUCGUGGACCCAACGAGUCAAGAUUGCCUUAAGUGCUGUGCAGGGGAUUGAGUUCCUCCAUCAUAAGACAGAGCCUUGCAUCAUUCACAGUGACAUCAAGUCGAGCAACAUUCUCCUGUUCGAUAAUGAUGUUGCAAAGAUUGCAGACCUCCGUAUCUCCAAAAAUCGCCCUGGUUACUUGGAUGAUCUUAUUUUGGAUUGUGUUCAUCCUUCCCAUAAUGUUUAUGAUGCACCCGAGUGUAAAGAAACUGGAGAGUUUACCAGGGAGAACGAUGUAUAUAGCUUUGGGAUUGUGCUGUUGGAGCUUUUAACCGGUCGCAUAUCAGGACAUCCCCAGAACAGGCUCAUGAUUGUGGCUAUGCCAGGACUUAGUGAUGAGGAGGUGCAAGUGCAACAAUGUGUGGAUCCAAGGCUUAGAGGAAAAUACCCUCCCAAGGCUGCCGCCAGGGAAGUUGCAGCAGCUAGUACUGGUGACAUGAGAAAAGCUCCAGGUUUUUGCAGAUAUUGUAAAUGUUGUGGCGGUGUUGAGAUUCAUAGUUCAAAAGUCAUAACUGGUGUGUACAGAUAGAGGGGCACAACAAAUAGACGUGCAUCAUGAACUUUUUGUUUAUUUGUUUAUUUGUUAUUGGUCAGCUAGGAGAAAUUUUAAUUGUAAUUGUGCUUUCGGCCAAAAAAUUUGCAUAUAACUUUUUAUUUGUUAUUAUUUUUGUAUGUAUUUUAGUUGUAAAAAAAGGCACAACUACCACCUGAGACCUCUUUAAUAGCCCCAAACAGAGCAAAUGCUAAAUAGUCGACUGUUAUCGUUGA